CACCAACCCCCCGCCGCCACAAUUCCUUACUUACCAGACAACAUCAUCGAGAAAAUCCUCUCCUUCCUUCCGAUCAAUCUGGCUGCCCAGGCCAACACCGUCUCCAAGCAGCGGGCGAAGCUAUGGCCUUCCUUCAUUGUAAUCGAUCUCGACGAGGGCUGCUACAGCGAACAUGAACGUUUCCUCGACAUGUUGUACUUUUCUCUCAGACGAUGCAAGGAUCAGAGGGUCUUGGACAAGUUGAGGAUUCGAGCCAGCCUUGAACUCGGCUUCCAAGAGGUAAUUGAAUGGCUUGAUUUUGCAAUGGAAAGGUGUGUCAAAGAGUUAGAUAUUCAAGAUUUGGAUCAGAAUAGAAUCAAAAACGCUACGAAAAACUUUUUGAUUCCCCAUGACGUUUUGACUUUGGAAUCUUUGACCACUCUGAAUUUGGAGAAUGUUAGACUUUAUGCAAGUUCCGGAAUUGAUGGUACUGUGAGCCUUCCCUCAUUGAAAAACAUGUCCCUCAAAGACGUGACAUUUUUGGUGGAUGUGGAGGACACAGCCAUCAAGGCCUUACCCAGCUUAGUUUCGGGAUGACCUUGCCUUGAGCAUUUGUCAAUCGAUGGAUGUAAGCUCGGCUACUCUGCCUUUCGGCUUGAAAUUCAAGUGACAGUCUCAAAUCCUUAGAAAUUACGCAUUGUCCUUCUAGGACUGUAGAUAUUACCGCCAAGAAUCUGGAGUCUUUUACAUUCUAUUCGGAUUGCACUUGUGCUUACCAUAAGUUUAUGUAUUUGUGGGAAUGUGAUAGCUUGAAACAUGUGGACAUCUCUUGCAAGGGUUUGAGACAGCUUCUAUUGCACAAUUGCCUAGAAACUAUGGAGAACUCUUUAAACACUCCCAGUCUGGAGAUUUUUGAGUUUAGUGGUUAUCUGAAGGCCCAGAUCCAUUUUGUGGAGGCUCCAUCAAAUUUAAUAAACUCUAUAAUCAGAGUAUGGGAGACCAUAUGGCCCAUUGAAUAUUAUUCUGCUAUGAGAGAUUUUCUUGAAAGUUUCGAUUACUCCAGAAAAGUGAAGAUACAUAUUGAAGAGGCUGAGGGUGUCAUAAUACCAGAACAUUGCAGAAUGGAAUGGUCUCCCCCAUUACCUAGUAUUAGGCAGCUGCAGCUGUACUUUUCGGCUCCAUUGGGGGACACAGAAUAUUGUUUGA